GUAAUAUCCCCAACAAGCGUCUAAGCCAAUCGUCAUCGUCGUCAUUGUUGUUCGCCAUGGUUGGAACAGUCGAAGGGACUGAGACCCUAGUAAUGCACAGCCUCUUUUAUAGAACUAUCCAACCAAUAAAACACCUCUUUGAAAACUACCCAAUAACAGACCAUGUCUUAUAGGAUAUUAUGACGUCACACACCACCUAGGCUGGCGAUUGGCUCAUCCGACAACCAUAGUUCACCUAAACCAAUCAAAAACCCUCCCAACGACCUUGCCACUAUACUGUCUAGACAGUCCAAAAGGUAUAAAAAGGGACGCAUAGCACUAAACUCUCAGUCGAACAGGCACCCUAAAAAAACACACCAUGGCUAACCCAAGCUUCGCCAACCUACCAUAUUGGGCAAGUAACCUCAGCAGCGUUGUAGAUUGCAAGGCACACCGCAUAAUCCGUGAAAUAGGAGCAAGAUGGCAAAAGGGAGAGCUAGUGGAGCACGAAGCGAUAAAUGCAAUGUGUAAUUACUUUGCAACAGAGAACGAAACCCUCCGCUACAGAGUGAUAAUGCUAAAUGAAAUACUAGAAGAGAAGGAGCUGCAAAUCGAGAACCAAUGCCGCGAUAUCGAAGAGCUGAAGUGGGAGCUGAAUAAAAUAAGACGCGAGAAGAAUGGUAACCUUGGAGAAGAACCCAAAGAAGAACAACAAGCCUGAUAACCUCUUGACCCACUGUCUAGACAUCCUAAGAGGCAUUAUAACCUAGAACCUAUCAAAAACAAGUAACCUUAACCACUAACCAAUCAGAGACUUAGCUAACGACGUCAUCGGCGUCCCCUAAACACUUCUAAAGGGUAUAAAAGGAGACGCACACCACAAAAACUCCUCAUAGUCUAACCAGACCAAAAAAACACAAGAUGACCAACCAACCUACCACUCAAGUCACCAUCACCACUGAGAUAGAAGAUGAAGAGGAGGAGAUCUCGGAGGGUAGCCACUAUCUCACCUCGCGCUCGGCAAGAAACAUGAAUGCACUCAGCGAAGCGUUCCGCGACCACGUAGGAGCCGUAGGGGACUUUAUGACCGGGAGAUUGUGCAGAAUAGCAGGACAAGUGGAAGAGGCUGAGAGGGAAAGCACUAGGUUGCGGGAACUAUGCAACGAUCACGAAGCGGAGAUCUCAAGCCUCAAUAGCAAGGUGUAUGGUCUAGAAAGAGAAGUGUUGGAAGAACAGUCCACCAGCAAUGCAAAAGACCUAGAGAUUGCCAACCUCAACUACCAAGUUAGUGUUCUAGAGGGACGUGAGGAGACCCUACGCAUGGAAUACGACCUCCUGCGCAUGCAAGUGGACUAUGGUGAUCUUAAAGACACCUGCGAGAAAGGGACGCAAGUGUCACACCCUGCCAGCAACGCAAAAGACUUAGAGAUCGCCAACCUUAACCACCAAGUCAGCGCUCUAGAGGAACGUGAGAAGACCCUGCGCACGGAAUACAACCUCCUGCGCGUACGCUACACCGAUCUUAUGGGUCAAGCGUCACAGCCAAACGAGGACCCACGGGACGCGGACCAACCCAACAGCAACUACGAGUUAGGGUACAGCGCUGCAGUACGUACGUACCAACCAAUGCUACUGGAGCUAGACGCUCAAGUGCAUAAGUUCAUGGGAAGCAACAUGAGAGAGAAGUCCCAGAGAAACCAGCUGCUGAAAAAGCUCAAACGUAUCCGCAACAGGUACAAGGAUAACACCCGCAAACGGCGAAAUGUGGACCAACACCAAGAGACUGAGUGACUUUUUUCACUACAAACACUUUUCUUUAUUACCCUAUAACCAGUAAAUACAUUUUUUUUUUUUUUUUUUUUUUUUAUACUAAUCAUAGUGGUAACAAUAAAAAAACACUAAAAAGUAAACAAUGACUACAGUGUCUCUACAUUUCCCCAAUUGGGAACAGGUGGGCUACCCUCCCUAUACGUUGGGCUGUGUCCCUGGUGGUUUCCCAAACCUCUGCCUCCUUCCCCUCUAGUAUUCCUGGCAACUUCUCGUCACGGCACAACUUCACCAUAUCCCUUGGUACGACCCUAUUGCUCACUAGAUCCUCCAUGUAGGUGAACCAAGGGCUCCAUCGCAUGGUGAACCCAAGCGCUUUCGUCAUCCUGUCCAACCCUUCCCACAUGUGACCAGUGUUCUCCCUGAUGGCAUCCCUAACCUCAUAAAAGGUGUUCAACCAACUGUCCUUCGUACCUUGCUGGUGCUUGUAGUGCAACACCUCACCCAUCAAAUCCCAUACCACCUUCUUAACGUAAUAGUCCACACUAUAUAGAUUGUUGGCAGAGUCCACUACAUCGUUGUAGACGGUACCGGAAGAGACACCACCCACACCACAAUCACUGUCGUCACUGUCUACCACUACCACCUUCUCCUCCACCUCGUAACUGUUGUUGCUAUCGUCAUUGUCUACAACCACUGCUUCUUUUGCUUCUUCAUCACAGGUGCAAUUACCUCCUCCUCCACUACCUCCUCUACCAUGCCCUCGUCCUCCCCCUCGUCCUCCCCCUCCUCUACCACGCAUGGGACCUUGCUUGGUGGUGGCGGCGGCUGUGGGACGUUUGCGUUUGCGCUUGCGCCCAUGCGGGGGGUGAGGGUUUGCUUCCUGGCCCUUGCUGGCGCUUUCUUCUUCUUCAUACUGGGAGGUGUCCAUACUGCUGCAGGCUUCUUCCUCUCCGAAUCUUUGGGCUCCUCC